AUGACAGAGACGACUGUUGUUGCUUUUGAUCUUUACGGUACAUUGCUCUCGACAGAGUCGAUUGUCAAGCAGCUGGAGAAGCAUUUUGGCCAUGCCAAGGCGCAGUCCAUCUCCGCUCUUUGGAGACGGUAUCAACUCGAAUAUACAUGGCGGUUGAACAGCAUGGAUCGAUAUGAAGAUUUUUCCAUCGUCACAUUCAACUCGCUUCGGCAUGCACUGGCCGAUAAUGGCGAGCAACUUGGCGACGACGAUAUCGAUGAACUGAUGGCAGCUUACGACAGUCUCUCUACCUUCGCCGACGUGAAUCCAGCCUUAACUAGAGUAGCAGCAGACCCAUCUCUCGAGGCUGUGAUCUUCUCCAAUGGCACCAAGACCAUGGUCUCCAGCUCGGUGCUGCGAUCGAAGGACCUUUCACCGCACGCAAGCGCGUUCAAAGGCCUCGUCACAAUGGAUGAAAUCCGGCGCUACAAGCCAUCACGGGCAAGCUACGAGCACCUAGCAACUCAAAUGGGCAAAGAUCCAAUCGAGAUGAGCAAGUUAUGGCUGAUCAGCGGAAACCCAUUCGACAUCGUCGGGGCGCGCAGUACGGGCAUGCAAGCUAUCUGGGUUGAUCGCGCAAACACUGGUUGGAAGGAUGCCGCAGCUCCUGAUCUACGACCAACAGCGAUUGUACACAGUCUGGAGCAUAUUGUGGAAGAAAUCCAGGCUCGGCUUUAA